CCUGAUAGUGAAGCUGUUUUCGCCGUGAUUGUAAACAUAAUUAACAUCACAUCUGGAAUCAAGGUGCAUAAAUAUUCAUUGAAGUAAGCGAAAUGUCUCACUCGUGCAGUAACGCAUUGCGCGUCAAAACUUGCGGUUUACUCUGUAAGUAAACAUGACAGAGUCACCAAUAGUGAGAUUGUUCAAGAAAAAUAACGCAACGGGAGUAAACAUAUUUCACGAGAUAGCGAGGGAAGGAACGGUGAUGCUGUUGCGUCGCAUUCGGGACAACGUCGACGAGGACAUAGCAUCCUUUCUUCAAGAGCCGAAUUUUCGAGGUGAAACGUGUGUUCACAUCGCAGCCGGCGAACACAGAGGACAUUUGGCCAUUGAAGUCAUUGAUGUUCUCGUCAAUCUUGGAGCUAACAUAAAUGCGAAGAAUAAUACUAAUGAGACACCGCUGCACUAUGCAGUUAACAACAAAGAUUACGAGCUGGUCAAGUGGUUAAGCAAGCGACGAGACGUGGAUUUAGAGACAACUAAUCAAAAUCACUUCACGCCGCAUGAUAUGGCAAUAAUACAAAAUGCCCUAAGUAUCGUGAAUCUCCUCGAGAACGACGACGAUGUUAAUUGGGACUCGGAAGCGACUGACGAUGCAGGAACUGAUGAUCAGAAUGUUCCACUUCAGAGCCAAUACGAGAGAAGCAAAAGCGUUUGAAGACGAGGAAUCACAUGUGGUUUGUUCAUGUUUUUUUUAUAUGUGAGUGCAAUAAAAGUUGUUUUUGAAUUUUUUUACAAGAGUGUCAUUGCAACCACAAAAAUAUUCACCUAUUUAUAUUUGUAAUGAUGUACUCGAGAAUCCUAUAGUAGGAACUGAGUGAGUGCACAUUUUACGUUUUAUUUUUGGACGAUGAUGAUAUGACGCGAGAAACGUGACUUUCGGCCGGUAAGUGAUAAGACU